AUGAAUCGCGUUCAUCAUUAUUAAGGUUUAGAUAGUCGAUAAAAAUCUGGAUAAGAAGCUACUGAGCCAGCUUCAACAAACAAUAGGUUUACUAGAAGUUUAGGCAAGAGCAGAUCAUCCUUUAAUAUUAGUAUUUCUCAAUCUAUAACAAACUCGAUAUAGAAAGGAAAAUCUUCUUAUUUGAAUCAUUUAGAAAUGUACUAUAAUAUGCAUUUGAUUGAAAUAUUAGCAGGUUAGUUUUUAGUUAAUUAAGGGUUUGUCUCCAUUAAAUGAG